AUUGAACAUUUGUAGUCAUUCAAGUUAUUAUUCCAGUUGUUCAUUACCUUUUCUUGAUUGUCAACAGUUUUGUUAAAAAUGAAGUCAACUUUAUUUGUUGUUUUAAUUGCUCUUGCAAUCUCAAGUUCAUUUGCCGUUAAAAUCCAGGGAUCAUGUCCAAACCCAGAACAACCCAAAAUUGACUAUUGGACCUUUUCAAAUUUCCUAGGAAGCUGGACUGUUUUAGGUCGAAGUGAACAAACUGUCCCAAGAACUGUGUACAAUACUAUUGAGAUUGAUCACCUUUAUCCUGGAAAAGUUGCCGUUAUUGAGGAAGGAAAUACUCGAGACAUCGACGUCAUGUCACUUUGGGACAAUUUGAUCGAAUUGACUGUUGGUGAUUUUAAUGGAAAAUCAUAUUAUGAUGUUAUUGUAGAUGAUGACGAACCCUACUCAUUCAACAUCACGACCUCAGAUGGUCACCAGGGAAUAUUUUGGAUGCCUUUUUUCGCUCGCCCUAAAUAUGCUGAAGCUGUUUUAGCAAGUUGUGUUAAAAUUGAUGAAUCAACUGUUGAUAUUAAAGCAUGGUUUGUUUCCAAGAAUAAAUACGUUAAAGCUUCAGAAGAAGUUGAAGAUAUUGUUGAAUCGUUGACUGGACGAAAAUUGGUUGAAGUCUGUCAAGGAGAUUUCUGUUGAUCAAUUCAUAAUAUUAUUGAUACAAGAUAGAAUUGUCAUGUAAACUCUUCAUCUGUUGAUUGUAAAAUUUCUUAAAUAAGAAUAUUAAAUAAUUUUUUAAACGCAAA